CAACUCUUUAAUGAAUUAAUUAUGGCACGUCAUUACCUCGUUACGGUGGAAGGGUAUAUAUGUCAUUUCUGCACUCAAGGCAUAAUUCCGGUCGGUCGAUUGAAGAGGUUGAGCAAUUGUAUAUAGAAAUUCCUCUAUUGCAAAAAUUCCGAGUUUCUAAUUUGAAUUUGCGCGAGAGGUUUGUUGUUUCUCUCGACCUGAUCCCGGAGAACCGCAUCGAAGCUUCUUCCGAGUAAACAAGAUGUUUAACGGUAUGAUGGAUCCUGAGAUGAUUCGGCUAGCUCAAGAUCAGAUGAGCCGUAUGUCCCCUGCUGAUUUCGCUAGGAUCCAACAGCAGAUGAUGUCGAAUCCAGAUUUGAUGAAAAUGGCAACGGAGAGUAUGAAGAACAUGAAGCCUGAAGAUUUGAAGCAAGCUGCGGAACAGCUCAAGCAUACUCGCCCGGAGGAUAUGGCUGAGAUUGGCGAGAAGAUGGCAAAAGCUUCGCCUGAAGAGAUUGCAUCUAUGCGUGCCCAGGCUGAUGCUCAGUUCACUUAUCAAAUAAACGCAGCUCAGAUGCUGAAAAAACAGGCAAGUGGGAAUGAGCUUCAUAGCCGAGGAAAUUUCAGUGAUGCUGCAGAGAAAUAUUUGCGUGCGAAGAACAAUCUGAAGGACAUUCCAGCUUCUAAAGGUGGAGCACUUUUGCUGGCUUGUUCCCUCAAUCUAAUGUCAUGUUAUUUGAAGACGAAUCAGCAUCAAGAGUGCAUUAAGGAAGGUUCUGAGGUUUUGGCAUAUGAUUCAAGGAAUGUCAAAGCGCUAUACAGAAGAGGUCAAGCUUACAGAGAUCUUGGGCUGUUUGAAGAUGCCGUCUCCGAUCUUAGCAAGGCCCUCGAAGUUUCCCCUGAAGAUGAGACCAUUGCCGAUGUGCUAAGAGAUACUAAGGAAAGACUGGCUGUUGAGGGCCCUGGCAAAGCAUCAGCUAGAGGUGUGGUGAUUGAAGAUAUAACUGAAGAAAGUACUGUUACUUCUGGAGAAAAUAAAAAACCGUCUACGGAUGUUAACGGGAGACAACGAGAAAGCAACGGUGGUGGGCAUGCUCAGGGCGUAAAGACAGAUGUUGAUGGAUUGCAGGCUCUCAGAGAUGACCCAGAAGCAAUCAGGACGUUCCAGAACUUCAUUUCAAAGACUGAUCCCGAUACACUAGCUGCUCUGAGCGGAGGCAAAGCUGGAGAAAUGUCAGCAGACAUGUUCAAAACUGCGUCGAGCAUGAUAGGCAAAAUGUCUCCUGAAGAGAUUCAGAAAAUGGUCCAAACAGCCUCUUCUUUCAAAGGAGACAACCCUUUCGCUCCGACUGCGACAUCUGCGGAAAACGGGUUUGCACCCAAACCCGACAUGCUUAAACUCGCAUCUGAUAUGAUGGGUAAGAUGUCACCAGAAGAGCGUGAGAGGAUGUUCAACAUGGCGUCGUCUUUGAAAGCAAACGCUCCAGUUUCAUCAUCAUACAGCAAUGCAGAAGCAUCUGAUGAGCCACGGGAGAGCUUAGGAGCGAGCGGGAUUAGUAGUAGCUUUGCAGGUGAGUCUAGUUCUUCGGGUAAUACCUUUGUGGCUCCAAGAAGUGGUUUCGAACCAAGCAUCCCUUCUGCUACGCCUGGUGACAUGCAGGAACAGUUGAGAAACCAAAUGAAAGAUCCAGCGAUGCGACAGAUGUUCACGUCUAUGAUCAAGAACAUGAAUCCGGAGAUGAUGGCUAGCAUGAGCGAGCAAUUCGGAAUGAAGCUUUCUCAAGAAGAUGCUGCGAAAGCUCAACAAGCCAUGGCUUCUCUUUCUCCCGACGACUUGGAGAAAAUGAUGCGAUGGGCGGAUCGGGCUCAAACCGGAAUAGAGAAAGCGAAGAAAGCAAAGAAGUGGUUGCUCGGGAAAGGAGGGUUGAUCUUUGCAAUAUGCAUGCUCAUUUUAGCUAUUAUCCUUCAUCGUCUCGGCUACAUCGGAAGCUAGACGAAACUGGAAACAACGUCCCCCUUUCUUUAACACUCAAAUCCUUGGUCAAGACCAGUCUUAGUUGGGUUCGUCGUUUGUAAAAACUGUAGUAACAUUGACUUCACUCGUUUUAUAUUUUUCUUUUUUUUUUGGUUUAUUUUCUCUCGGCUUUUGUUGGUCGUUUUUUUUGUUUAACUGACGUUUCCACCGUAUGUAGUGUUUUUCAAUAUUAUAGAGAGAAUACGAUAUUUCUUUUGCAUUUGUGUAGUUCGUUAAUCGUUAUAAGCUCACAAAUUCAA